AUGCCUCCAGACCACAACAGCCCCCGCAACCACCACGGCAGCCGCAACCACCACAGCCCCCGCAACAACCACGGCAGCCGCAACCACACCGGCAGCCGCAACUACCACCGCAGCCGCAACCACCACAACAGCAGCCGCAACCACCACCGCAGCCGCAACCACCACCGCAGCCGCAACCACCACCGCAGCCGCAACCACCACAGCCCCUGCAACUACCACCGCAGCCGCAACCACCACCGCAGCCGCAACCACCACUGCAGCAGCAACAACAGCGGCCGCAACCACCACCGCCCCUGCAACAACAACAGCCGCUGCCACCACCACGGCAGCCGCAACCACAAUGGCAGCAGCAACAACAACAGCGGCCGCAACCACAACAGCGGCCGCAACCACAACAGCAGCCGCAACAACAGCUGCCGCAACAACAACAGCAGGUGCAACCACAGCAGCUGCAACAGCAGCAGGCACAACCACAACAGCAGCCGCAACAACAGCUGCCGCAACAACCACAGCAGGCGCAACCACAACAGCAGCUGCAACCACGACAGCCGCCACAACCCCAGCAGCCGCAACCUCGACAGUCGCCGCAACCACCACAACAGCAGCCGCAACCACCACAAUGGCAGCCGCAACCACCACGGCAGCCGCAACCACCACAAUGGCAGCCGCAACCACCACGGCAGCCGCAACCACCACGGCAGCCGCAACCACCACAAUGGCAGCUGCAACCACCACCGCAGCCGCAACCACCACCGCAGCCGCAACCACCACCGCAGCAGCAACAACAGCCGCUGCAACCACAACAGCAGCAGCCGCAACCACCACCGCAGCCGCAACCACCACCGCAGCCGCAACCACCACCGCAGCCGCAACCACCACCGCAGCCGCAACCACCACAGCCCCUGCAACUACCACCGCAGCCGCAACCACCACCGCAGCAGCAACAACAGCGGCCGCAACCACCACCGCCCCUGCAACAACAACAGCCGCUGCCACCACCACGGCAGCCGCAACCACAAUGGCAGCAGCAACAACAACAGCGGCCGCAACCACAACAGCGGCCGCAACCACAACAGCAGCCGCAACAACAGCUGCCGCAACAACAACAGCAGGUGCAAUCACAGCAGCUGCAACAGCAGCAGGCACAACCACAACAGCAGCCGCAACAACAGCUGCCGCAACAACCACAGCAGGCGCAACCACAACAGCAGCUGCAACCACGACAGCCGCCACAACCCCAGCAGCCGCAACCUCGACAGUCGCCGCAACCACCACAACAGCAGCCGCAACCACCACAAUGGCAGCCGCAACCACCACGGCAGCCGCAACCACCACAAUGGCAGCCGCAACCACCACGGCAGCCGCAACCACCACAAUGGCAGCCGCAACCACCACCGCAGCCGCAACCACCACCGCAGCCGCAACCACCACCGCAGCAGCAACAACAGCCGCUGCAACCACAACAGCAGCAGGCGCAACCACAACAGCAGCUGCAACCACGACAGCCGCCACAACCCCAGCAGCCGCAACCACGACAGUCGCCGCAACCACAACGAGUCCACCAGUACUGAUACCCAACAAUACCGUAGGUCCAUUGAGCCCCAUCUCCAACCAAGGCUGCAGCAGUUCCCAGCUCUGUGCCUCACAGCCACAGAGCUGUGACCCAUCGUUGGCUGGAUCCUGUUUCUUUGUGGGUGCCAGACGGACUGCCGGACAGAACUUUGAGUUUGGACUCUCUGGACAGUCCGAUGGCUACAUAGGCUGCACGUUGUCACCGGACAUUGCUUUGGGAGGAGGAGAUACUACUUACGUUUGCGCCAACAACAAUGGAAGGGUUGAAUUCAUCGGAACGAUCUUGCAAAACGAUCAAUUGAUUCGACGAACUCUGAAUGCAAACUCGGUGAGGGGACGCAUCGACGGAAACAGAAUCCAGUGUACGUUCGCAGCCACUAUCCCCAAUGCGACAGUCAGAAUGACGCCGUCUACCUUUUCGUUAGCUCUUGUCACCGGAGCAUUCGACCCCGCCACCGACGUCCUGGGAGCUCCCGAGGCCAGAGUCCAGACCGGAAGGGUGGAGCUGGGCAACCCCAACUCCAAUAGCACCAACCUCAUCACCUCCGCCGGCGGCAGGCCAACCUACCAGGCACUGUCACAAGCUCUGCUCAUCAUCCUAGGGACCAUGGGUCUGACCUUGCUAUAAAGCAGCUUUAAGAAGUUCCAAAAGUAGUAAAAACCUACAUUACAUAUAUUAACUACAUCAAAAAUAUAUGAACAAUUCGUAAAAUACUUUGUAUUUUUCAAUCCUCAGUUCAUUAAUGGAAGGAUAUUGUUAAUUAAAGGCCCAUGACGAUGCCUAGAAAUUAGCCUUAAACAAGUAGCUAUUUAUUUUUCUAACAAUUUUGUCCUUUUGUUUGCCUUUGGGUGAGUCAUGAGUUUUGUGUAUAUUUCCACGCAUUCCAUUGUAUGUGUCAUGUAUUUAUUGCGUAAGUCUCAGACCAACAGGUUAUCAGGCACUGAACCAAUGUUUGUCCCCUCUCUCUUCGUUGAAUGAUGCCACUGGAUGGCAGAAACGAUACUGGCUUGUAUGUUAAAUAAACUUGCGAUUUGUGAUUAUCUAAGCACGAAAAUUAAGAGCAGUAUUAAAUUAAGUUAAUUCUGCUCACAGAAAAAACAUGCAUUCAAACAGUGGUGGUAUGAUCCGAUUGUUAUGCACUUUGUUGCAACAACUAAUAUGUUUUGUUUUGUUUGUUUGUUAAAUUAAAUAUACCUAUACCAGUCAACUUGAUUCUGUUCUUGCCUACUUUGUAACGCAACCAUGCUUUACCUAAUUUCUGGUCAUUACAUGAUGGAAUGGCCUAUAUUGGAUUAUUUUACAUGCUAGACUAGAGCAACCCGAUCUCUUCAAUCAUGGUCAUGACCAUUCAAGGUGAUUGGUGGUAUGCAUCUGCGCUCCACACAAGCUAAUUGGAAGGAUGGGCUUAUCAUCUGUCAUCUAAUGCAGCGGUCCCCAACCACCGGCCCGUACCGGGCCGCGGGACAUUCCUAACCGGGCCGUAGGUUAGUAGGCUACGACAUGAAUAGAAAAAAUAAAUAAAAAAAAUUCAUGCAAAAUGCACGCACACUUAAUAAACUCAAUUUACUUCGCAAUACUGUCACUCUUUUACAUGCCAUAAGUCUAUAUGAAUGAGUGGAUCCGCAACCCAUUUGUCAAUUUCCCGAAUCACUUGUCAGUGCAGGAGGAAGAUCAAAUGAUCACGUAGUGUUCGAAUUCCAGCUGAAACAUUGGGCUUACUGGCUCUUUUAAGUAGCCACUAGUCUGAUUAUAUUAAAAGAAAGUAUUUAAUUCAAUGACUUUUUCAUGUUUUCUCCUCACUUCUCUUUCUGCCCGCCAUACCACAAGCUAGGCUGUUCACUUGACUUCUAGCUAGGCUGCCCACUAAAGUGCUAACUAGGCUGACCACUAAACCUCGCGCUAAGAAGCGUGCUAACCCAUGAGCUAGGUAGCCCGCUAAACAGCUAGCUAGGCUGCCUGCUUAACCUCUAGCUAGGCUGCACACUAAACUCUAGCUAGGCUGCAAACUAAACUCUUGCUAGGUUGCACACUUGACUCUAGCUAGGCUACCAGCUAGGGCUGGGCGAUAUGACGAUAUAUAUCGUGUGAUGAUAUAAAAAUGUCUAUCGUUUCAUAUUAUGCUCUAUUGUUUAUAUCAUCUUGUCGCAAAUCACACUUUACGGUAAUAUUUUUCGUCAUUUGGACAACGCUUUUCAUUCUUCCACACGUCACAUGAAGGCAACACAAACAAACAUGGAGGAGAGUGAAUUCGACAAUUCUGAACAGGAGAAGGACUCUGACGACCAGCCAAGACAAAGUGAGCUCGUACCUAAAAGAGUGGCUAACCGGUCCCCUCACCAGACUCAAACACCACAAACCUAUUUUACCGCCUACGAAAGAAUCACGAAAAACAGUAUGGAGAGUCUACGGAUGAAG